AUGAUAUCCGGUCGGUUUCUUUUACAUUUGAAUGAAGUAUUUGAUGAAAUGAACAGUUCGUUGAAUAAGGACCAUCGCGACUACAAACGGUGUUCAGAAAUCAUGGAAAUGUCAAAAGCAGCAAAUACAUUCAUAAAGCCAUUUAGUUAUGCGGUCUCUCUGACUUCAUUUAUACCGGGUUUGGGUAUGUUAUUUUUAGCUCCAAGGUUAGGUGAAUAA